CAAUUAACCCACUAGUGGAGCCUUGGCUUCGCCCCUGCUUAUGAGCUAUGGCACCACUAAACUAUUGGUUUUACUGAGCAGUUUCCAGUUGUACUUGUUUGAACAACUGAAUUACAGGUGCCGGCAAAUUGCCUCUACCUUGCACAUCUUAAUCCAGCUGACGAAAAGAAUUGUUCAGCUUUCUUGUCCUUUUGUGUUUUGUCUGUGUAUUGCCUAAAGAAAUCUACUUAUUUAUAUAGCACUACUCAUCCUCCAUUAACAGUCAUCUACAAGCUCCAAUUCAGAAAGAAAGAUGGCUAUUAGCUUAGACAAUUUUGAAGCAGAAAUUGAAUCCAAUUAUGACAGGAAAAGUGAAUUAAAGUCAUUUGAUGACUCAAAAAUUGGUGUAAAGGGUCUUGUAGAUGCUGGAGUUGCAAAGAUCCCUAGGAUAUUCAUCCACGAUCACUCCAAGAUUAGUGACAAGCCAUGUGCUCGCAACAACAAGCAUAGCAUACCAAUUAUAGACUUGGGAGGUGUCCAUACUGAUGCCAGCCGGCGCAGACAGACAAUAGAUCAACUUGGAGAAGCCUGCCAGAAAUGGGGUUUCUUUCAAUUGAUCAGUCAUGGAAUCCCUGCACAUGUUUUGGAUGGAAUGGUUGACGGGAUACUUCAAUUUCAUGAGCAAGACAUUGAGGUCAAAAAACAGUUCUUUUCACGGGAUGAAAAGAGAAAGGUCAGCUAUAAUUCCAACUUUGAUCUCUACCAAACUAAGGCAGCUAGUUGGAGGGAUUCGUUAUAUUGUGCCAUGUCUCCUAAUCCACCCAGUCCUGAAGAAUUGCCCGCAGUUUGUAGAGAUAUCACGAUCCAUUACUUGAAAAAAGCAACGAAUUUGGGGUUGACAUUAUUCGAAUUAGUAUCGGAAGCUCUUGGACUUGAUCCCAACCACCUGAAAAAUUUGGGAUGUGCAGAGGGGAUAUUUUUCGUCGGCCAUUACUACCCUGCAUGCCCUGAACCAGGCAUGACUUUGGGCAUUAGCAAGCAUAGUGAUAGUGGCUUCCUUACGAUUCUUUUGCAAGAUCGAUUGGGUGGCCUUCAAGUCCUCCAUGAAGAUCAAUGGGUUGAUGUUACCCCUGUUCCUGGAGCUCUAGUAGUAAAUCUGGGAGAUCUACUACAGAUAAUGAGCAAUGAUAAGUUUAAAAGCGUAUAUCACAGGGUGAUAGCAAAAAAUGUUGGACCAAGAAUAUCAGUUGCUUGUUUCUUCGGAACCCACUUCGAGCAAGGGACAUCGUCAUCGUCCAGACUCUAUGGGCCGAUCAAGCAGUUGCUGUCAAAAGAUAAUCCUCCAAUAUACAAAGAAACUACUGUAAGAGACUAUGUUGCUCAAGUCUACACAAAAGGGCUUGAUGGGAUCACUGGACUGGAAUAUUUCAAAUUGCUCAAGAAUUUUGUUGGCUGUGUACAAACUGAUUCAGGUGUAGUGAAAGAUGUUAAGGGUAUUCGAUCUGAAGUGGUUAAAAUUUUCAAACUCUUAUACAGUGAAUCCCAGUGUUGUCGUCCCACUCUCUUGCUAGAUAAUCUUAAAAGGUUGUCUGCUGCGGCAUCUGAAUCUUUGGAAUCUCCUUUUCUUUUUGAAGAAGUAAAGGUUGCUGUUUGGUCUUGCGGUAGUGACAAAGCUCCAGAUCCUGAUGGAUACAAUUUCCAUUUCAUCAAAUCAUGUUGGGAUAUUCUUUCAAAGGACAUUAUGUGUAUGGUGGAUAACUUUUACAGAUCUGGUACUCUACCUCGCGUUGUCAAUUCCUCAUUUAUCUCUCUGAUUACAAAGUUGAGUGACGAGUUUGAGAUGAAAGAUUUGGGUGACAUGAUAAAUGCUGUACGAAAAUUUAAUGAGCAGGAUUUUGAUGUCAAGAAAGAGUUAUAUUCACGCGAUGUGAGCAGAAGAGUGAGAUUCAACAGCAGCCAUGAUCUUUUUCAAUCUCAAACAGCUGACUGGAGAGACACAAUUUCUGUUUCCAUGCUUAUUGACCCGGAGGAGUUGCCUGCCGUAUGCAGAGAUGAAACUGUUGAGUUCAUAGAUCAAAUUGGAAAAAUUGGUGACGCACUCUUCGAAUUACUGUCAGAAGCUCUUGGUCUGAAACCUGACCACCUGAAAUCUAUAGAGUGUAACAAGGGUCGAACUCUUGUAUGUCACUACUAUCCAGCAUGUCCUGAACCAGAAUUGGCCAUGGGAGUAACCAAGCAUACUGAUAACACAUUCCUGACAGUUCUUGUAGAAGAUGAGACAGGUGGUCUUCAAGUGCUUCACGAUAAUCAAUGGGUUGGUGUUCAACCUAUUCCAGGAGGCCUAGUAGCAAACAUUGGUGAUCUUCUCCAAAUUGUAUCAAAUGACAAGUUCAAGAGCAAUGUUCACAGAGUGGUUCCUAGCCGUGUUCCAAGAAUUUCAGUGAUAGGAUUUUUUGCAGGACGUGUUGCUCCACCAGCAAGGCUCUAUGGUCCAAUCAAAGAAUUGCUGUCGGAAGAAAAUCCACCCAAAUGUAAAGAGGUCCUAGUCAGUGAAUAUGUUGCAAGGUUCUUCAAUAAAAAAACUCCAAGAUAAGCCCAGCCUUGAAGAUUAUAGACUCUGAAGCUACCGAUAAUGGUAGGGUUAAAAACUCUACAGUGACACCAAGAACGCCCUGCAUUCGUCUAUUAUUUCAUGCUGUAUCCACAUGGACACAUGAAAUGUUGCAAUUAAUUAAUAAAAAGUCGAAUUUGUGAUUA